AUGGAUAUCAAGGGAGGCCGCUUCGAUUUCGAUGAUGGAGGAACAUAUAUUGGUGAAUGGUAUGAAGGUCGCGCACAUGGACUAGGUUUAGCCACAGGACCAGACAACCGAGGUGAAUUUAGUGGUGAAUGGUCAUUCGGCUUUGAGAGGAUGGGGGUCUACGUGUGGCCAAGUGGUAACGUCUACAUUGGUACCUGGUUUAAAGGAAAGCGGCACGGUGAAGGCGUACAAGCAAAGGGUCGAUGGAUUUAUCGGGGUGCUUUUACUGCAGGCUUCUGUGGUCGGAUCGGUGUUAAGACAUCUCUUACUAGUCAAAGCAGCUACGAAGGAAGCUGGCAUUUGAACCAAUUUGACGGAUUCGGUGUUGAAACCAGUGCUGAUGGUAGUAAGUUAAAUUGUUACUAG